AUGAAAGGUACAGAAGCAGAUGCUUUAGGUACUUACUCAGCAUGGAUCUUAUCACGAAGAAGGACAUUGUCAAAGGAGUCUGCUAUUCUCAAGGUCCCUGUCGAGGAGGUAUAUGCUGCCACAAACAAUUUACACGAAUCAAACUUCAUCGGCCAAGGGACAGCAGGCGUAUUUUCAGGGAAUCAACAAGUGGCAAUAAAGCACAAUACAAACGAGGGAUGUGCUGAGACUUUCGUGAGGGAAGUUGGAAGCCUAGCGCACAUCAGACACCCAAACCUGGUAGCUUUGUUGGGCUAUUGUGAAUCUGAAGGCGAAUGCUUCCUAAUUUAUGAACUUUGUCCCAAUGGAAACCUGUCUGAGUGGCUUUAUGGGAAAGAUAAUGUCCUGUCCUGGAUUCAAAGGCUUCAGAUAGCGAUUGGCAGUGCUCGAGGACUCUGGGUUGUCCAUGCAUAUCCGGGAGGAUGCAUUGUUCAUCGAGAUGUUAAGACAUCAAACAUUCUGCUUGGUGCAAACUUCGAAGCCAAGCUUUCCGAAUUUGGGUUGUCCAAGGUUAUGAACUCAGACGGAUCCUAUGCGAGCUCAGAAGCGAGAGGUACGUUUGGCUACGUUGAUCCCGAGUACCAAAGCAACCGUCUUGUAAGUGCAGCAGGUGAUAUCUACCGCUUCGGAGUAGUACUCCUUCAAAUCCUCUCGGGGAGGAGAGUUAUCAAUAUGAAUAUGAAGAAACCUAUGUCAUUAGACAAAAUUGUAAUCACUAUCCCUUGUGUCUUUUCCUUUUUCUUGGUUUGGAAUAAUAAUUCAAAUAAUUCUUCCUUCAUUGUUGAACAGGCAAAAUCUCUUACCAAAUAUGGAAGCACAGCAGAGUUUGCCGAUCCAAAACUUCAUGGGGAGUAUUCAGUAGAAGCUUUAAAGCUCAAAUUCGAGCUAGCUCUUUCACGUAUGGCUCUCAAGCAAAAAAGACCAUCCAUCGGCCAAAUUAUUGUGAAAUUAGAGGAGGCUCUUGACAUAUCAACGAGGACAAAAGCCUCUUCCCCAGAUUGGUCAUUAGUACCCUAA